AUGCAGGGAUUCUCGUCGAACCAAGGAGUUUUCCUCAAGUGUUUAACCGUUUUCAUAUCUAUCAUCCUACAUCAAUCGACUGCUUGUUCGGAACGUCCUGUAGGUAUAGCAAACAGUACUAUCAUACCAGAUGACAGAUUUACGGCAUCUUCAUAUUAUGAUACUAAUGGCGAUACACGUUAUGAACCAAAGGAUGCACGCCUGAAUGGAGCAGACAGGGGAUGGGGACCAAAAAUGGAAACUGACCCUAACGACUAUCUACAGAUAGACUUAGGUCAUUUGUUUCCUGGUAAUACAGAUAGUAAUACUGUUGUCAAGAAUGUCCUAGAUUAUUCAGUUCUGGUCAGACACAUCAGGUUUAUACCCACUACUUAUAACAAGUGGAAAGUACUUCGUGUUGAAGCUUAUGGUGUUCGCAGAGGUUUGUUGUGCAGCUCUCUACCAGUUGGUAUUGGUAGUGGUAAUAUUCCAGACAUUGGUAUGACGUCAUCAUCAGCUUACAACAGUACCACGUCACCAUCCAAGGCAAGACUAAACUACAUAGCAGGGUCAUCGUGGUGUGCUGCUAGAAAUGACUCUUCUCCAUAUCUACAGAUUAACUUAGGAUCAACUUACAUCAUUUGUGGUAUAGCAACACAGGGUGACCACAUGACAGAUCAGUGGGUACAGUCUUAUCACAUGCUCACAUCAAAUGACGGAUCUACUUUUACGAAAUACAUGGACAACAGCCAAGUGAAGUCAUUCACUGGUAACUUGGACUCUAAUACUGCUGUCAAGAAUCUCUUGUUAGAUGGUASGGUUACUCAGUACAUACGUGUUGCACCCACAAGUCACUUUGGGAGUACAAACUGCUUGAGAACAGAACUCUAUGGAAUUAUGAAACACAUUGGAGCCUGCGCGUCCAUGGUCUUUGGUUUGUCAUACUCUAGUAUCAUACCAGAUCACAGGUUUACUGCCAGUUCAUAUUAUGAUAACCGUUAUAAGCCACACUUUGCAAGACUAUCAACAUCCAGUAAAGCCUGGGGACCACUAACAACGUCUGGUGGUGACUGGCUGCAGGUAGACCUCGGUUCUGUGGUGUUUGUGUGUGCAGUAGCUACACAAGGUGCUGGAGAUCUUAAUAAUGAGUGGACAAUAUCAUACAAGAUAMAAGUGUCCCUGGAUAAUGUGAAUUGGAAUUAUUAUCAGGAAAAUAACAUUAACAAGACAUUUACUGGUAACACAAAUAGAGACCAAGUUGUGAUARACAGUCUUAGUCAUCCCAUCAAGGCCAAGUUCAUACGAAUCUAUCCAUUAACUUUUCAUUCUUGGCCAUCCUUGAGAGUGGAGGUAUAUGGGGUAUCAUCUACUUGCAGUACUCCUGUUGGACUUCAGGCACCUGGCGUCAUUCAAGACAKCCAGAUGACUUCAUUGUCUAACCUURACAACAACCAUACUGCAUCACAUGGUCGUCUCUAUGGARGUAGUUCAUGGUGUAGUGGCAACUCAAAUAACACUCAGUACAUACAGAUUAACCUGGGACAWGCGAUGACAGUGACAGGUAUAGCAACACAGGGUGACCACACCAUGGAUAGAUGGGUCACGAACUACACUAUCAGUUACAGUAUGGUUGAUAAUCUGUGGCACACCUUCAAAUCUGCGAACAAMAGUGAUAAGGUAGAUACUAAUAUAAAAUAUUACAGGCGGGAAAAAUUGMAUCAUAUAUUAGAGGGGUCCAUCUAG